AUGGAGUGCCCGCACUACCAUGCAUUCCGGAACAGCCUCAGCCAGCAGGAUAGCAACAACCAGCACCAUCUCAAGCAGCAGCUCAUAGAAACAAUCGAACACGCAACCCAGCCCCAAAAACCAGAGCGGAAAAGAUCCAGACAGCGACCAGACAGCCAGAACACCCACUGCACAAAGGCAGCCAGAUCACUCGCAUCGAUCAACUCCACAGCCGGACUACUCUCACGGCGAGCAUCACAGUCAACAAACCAGUACCACCCCUUCCACCCACUACUAACCCCACCCCUCCUCAACCCACCAACCUACUACCCCGAAAACACCCCCACCGAACUCAGUCUAAACAACAACGAAAACUCAUUCCACCCCAACAACAACAACUCAAAUCCUCAGCCCAGCAGCCAUCCACCACCCGAUCCCCUCAGCGAACGCCACAAGAACCUUGCAAGCGCCAAUGAAGCAAAGAACGGAGGAGAGACACUGCAUCUGCAGCUAUCAGGCAUCAUAUCCGAUCUCACAUACCAACAGCAACCACAACAACAAAUCCAAGAGCCGCCAACAGCCGGGCCAACCGACCUGGCCAUCACUGGGCCCCCAUCAGCCGAGCUGCUCGAAGCGGCUGCUGCAGACGACCAUCACCACCGCCUCAUCCGCCCCGCCGACCGUCCGGGUAAGCUCUCAUUCACCCUCCCCUCCCAGUCGUCGUCCAUCAUCACAGAAUCCACCUCCCGGCCCCGACGCCCCCGUCCGCUCGCCACCAGACCACACAGCAAAUCAUUCACCUCGCCCAGGACCCUCGGACCAGACCAUCAACACUGCCCGAGGAUCGCCACCGACAGCGCACAUACCCCGUACACCUUUGCAGCCACUCCAUCGCUAGGACUCCCCCCCGGCGCGCGCAUCGACCUCGCCUCGCUCCCCGGCACGCUCUCGGGGCUGUCGACGACUUCCUCGGCGAUAGGCUUGGAGCCCUCUCAGGAUGAGAUCAUGCAGGACAGCAUGGCCGCCCCAGUUACCCAAUCCGAUGCGUUGUCCUCGUCUGAACAGAUAGCUAACGCGACGCUGGCCGAGCACGCACAGCCGGCCCGGUCCCGCGCGCCCACGAUCGACUCCCAGCGACCACCGGGCGGAGACGCGGAGAUGAUGCGUGCGACGACGAUCGAGGACACGCCGAUGGACACCGGCGACCCGUCGGGCCAUCCGUUACCAUCACCAACCGUCAUGCCCCCGCCCGCCCCAGACCCCGCCCUCCUCGUAUCCUCCUCCUCCACGGUUCCCGGCCCCGACGACCACAACCAGACCAUCAUCCCCCCGCCCAGAGUGCCCUCGCCCCCCGUUAAUCGACAGAUGGGCGCGGCGAGCGCCGGCGUCAGUCCGCUUCUUGCGGCCCAAUUCGAGCCGAUCUUCAACCAAUGGCUGGGCAGACUAUGUUCCGACCUCGAGAUGAAGGACGCCAAGGGCGAGCCCAUCCAUCAGACCCUUAUGGCCCGCAAGAUGCAGAGACUCGAAGAAAGCGCAGAUUUUCGCCCGUUUAAGUUCCGUAUACAGGCCUUCACUAAUUCUUUCUUCGAGGAACUCGUCCGGAACGGCUUCCAAGAGAAGGAUCUGCCGAUGAAAAAGGUUCGACAGUAUCUUUGGUCUCAGUCUUGUAUCUCGAGAUUUAAUGAAGAGGGCAAGAAAGCCAAGUCAAAAGGGAACCACGUGUGGCACAUCGAAGCGAAGAAGAUGAUGAACGGACAAUGGAGUUUCCUGCAUUUCCAGCGAAAGAUCAUCGGGAAUCCGCCCCCGGAAGCGUAUGCGGGGGUGAAAUGGACAUGGACGGCGAAGGUAUGGGACCCGCAAUGCUCUGCCCAAAACAUCAAGGCCGCCUUCUCCUCCCCCGACCUGCCCCCCUGGCUUGCGUGGAGAGGCAACCUCUUAUCCGGCGUCCCGACUCUUGACCUUAUCGGAACUUCUUACCUCAUCACUGUCCUUGCUGCUACUAAUCCGAACUCGAAAUCGGCAUCAUCCGCCCUCGAUCUUUCUUUCACCCUCACCGUCAAGUCUCCCGAGGAAAUGGUUACGAGUCAGAUUGACAAGAAUCAGAAAACAGAGGAUAAUAAUCCAGCCUUGCAAUCCGAUUCGACUGUUCCGCAAAGUUCAUCGGAGCAAAUCUCGCUCGAUACCACGCCGACACAUUCGCCACCUGAUCUAGCCGGAUUCACGAAUGGGAGUUCAUCGACGACCGCACUGGAGCGGAUCCCGUCAGGGAUGCUGCAGUUGUCCUCAGACGGCAAACAUCCGACAAGCUUCAACCCAGUGCCCGGGCUGUCGCGGACGGACUCGUGCGAAAGCGUGCCGAUCAGCUCGCCCAUCCUCGAAGAUCCGCCUAGGCUCCUCGGCCACACCCAGCAGGCCCCGUUCGACGGACUUCUUUCCGAGAGUUCUCUGUUGCACGAGUUCCGGAACGCCGUUAUGAAGGAGGGCGACGGCCUCGACUUCGAUUCUUCGCUCGACUUCUCAUCAUCAUCUUCAGCCGGUCACCCGCUGGCAGCGCUCCAUCUCGACCAACAAUUCGGGCUGCGCGGCCCGUCGGCUGUCCAGCAAUCGGCGAGCACGAUGAUGGGGGCAUCGGGGGAGGGCGGCGCGUUGCCAGCUGGCUUAAUGUUGAUUCCGUCGACUACCGCGGGGAUGGUGGCGGGCGAGAUGGAGCCGGAGGGAUCCGCGGCUGGUGGGGGCGGCGGGACGCAUGGGCUGGGCGACGGCGGAGGCGUUCUCCUGGACACGCUGAUCAGCUCCUCGACGGGCGCAGUGGUAGUGGGCGAUCUCGCGGGAGACACAUCGCUUAGCGGGCCCGGCCUCACAGCCCGCAUGCUCCUCGACGCUACCGUGCGCGAAAACCUCAUGUCCACCGACGCCUUCCUCUCUGACUCCGCCGGCGACCUCAUAAGGACCGCGAUCGUCUCCGACGAUCCUCGCGCCAGACAGUUCGCCGCUGACGUGCUUGCGCCGAUGGCGCCUGCUAUUCCUGUCCCUGAGGACCCUUCUCCUGCCGUCGGAGGCGCAUCGACUGGGCCGGCGGCUUCCGCUGCUGCUGGGACCAACCCCUCUGCGGGCCUCCCCGCCCCUCGAUCCGUCUCCGACUCCGCCCGCCAUCCCGCCCGGUUUUCGCCACUCUUGGCUGGUACUUGCUUGUUUCUCGCCCUCGUCCUCUGUUCUCGUCCUCUCAACUCUCAGUCGGCCGCUUGA